AUGCACUCGGCUCCUCGUCAUCCCGCCCACGCGCCCUUCGACAGCAAGGACUCCGAUCUGGUCCUCCUCUCGACUGAUGGAGUCGAGUUCCUCGUGCACAAGGCCAUAAUAAUGGUCGUCUCCCCUUACCUGGCUCGGCUUAUUCCCCUCGCCUGCCGGCCUCCCCCUUCCACCUCCAGACAUCGCCUCCGUCCAACAAUCUCUCUCCCCUUCCCCGCCGGGAUCAUUGACCUCUUCCUACACUUCGUAUACCCCGUCCCCGAGCCGGCCCUCGACUGGACAGACUGUCGCGCGCUCCUCGACAUCGCGCAGCAUCUCCUGGCGCGAUCCGUCAUCAAACGCGUCUCCGCGCAUCUUCUCCACCCUCAGCACCUUUACGAACGCCCACUCCCCAUCUACGCGCUUGCCUCCCGCGCCGGGCUCGACUCCGUCGCGCGCACGGCCGCGCGCCGCUCCCUCCUCUCCCCCAUGCCCCCCGUCGACGAGCUCGCGCGACAUCUACCCGGGUCCUCCCUGGGCCGCCUGCUGGACUACCGCCGCGCGGCAACGAAGGCUGCGCGCGCGGUGGUGAGCACGCGCAACGGCAUCCCGCGAUGGGUGCAGCUCCAGUGGCUCCGGCUCUGCUUCCUGUCCGAGUGCCCGUACGGGUGCGCGGACGGGCCGCGCCGCACCCUGGCGUGGCACCGCGUCGCGAGCGAGAAGAUCCUCGUGCCGGUGUGGUGGGUGGAGUGGAUGGGGGCGGUGCGCUCGGCGCUGGCCACACGCGUCGACCCCGCGGUCGCGCGCGACGAGCGGCUGCUGAAGAUCGCCGUGCAGAGGGGCGCGCGGUGCUCGUUCUGUCAGAGCGCGGUGAUGUGGGACCUGUGCGAGUUCUCCAGGAUCGUGGAGGAUGUUCUGGAGGAGGCGAUCGCGUCGGUCAUUCUUGAGGCGGACGACCACAAGCGCGAAGACAGCACUGGCGACGACGACGAGUCUACCUUGGUGCCGUCCGUCAAGACGAACUACCUUUCCUCCGAUAAACCUGUCUACCCUAUGUACGACUAUUACUUCGGCGUCAUGACGAGGCGCCGUAUCAAGACUUAUUGUACUGGAGAGCUCGACAGCGACGACGAGGAGCUCGGGAGCUACGUGUCGAGCGCUCCUCCUAGUGACCUGUGA